AUGGCUGCCGUAGACGAGAAGCAUGUCAAAGCUCUGGCGGAGAGUCCGGACAGCCAAAGCGAUGGCGACCAUCCUGAGAUCGAUUGGUCACCUGAGGAAGAGCAGCGGCUAGUCCGGAAAGUCGAUCUCCUCAUUAUGCUGCUUCUUAUUCUUGCCUUCUUUGCCCUACAACUUGACUGCAGAAAUAUCAACUUGAUUCUUUACAGAAUCGGACCGACACUCUGGAUAGGUGGCCAGAUUGUGGCAUGGGGCUUGGUUGCGACAUUUCAAGCGUUUCAGAAGGGCCUCGGCCCGUUCAUGGCCACUCGACUGCUCCUCGGUUUGUGUGAAGCUGGUUUCAUUCCAGCUGCGCUCUUCACCAUGACGCGAUGGUAUAAGAAAGACGAGACUAGCAAGCGGUUCUCGUGGUUUUUCAUUGGCAACAUGCUUGCUGCCGCCUGCUCGGGGCUCAUUGCCUAUGGAAUUUUGCAUAUGAGAGGUGUAGCUGGCCUUGCCGGAUGGCAAUGGCUCUUUCUGCUCGAAGGCAUUUUCACCGUGCUGGUCGGAAUUGCGUUCUUUCUUUGCUUUCCCAACCAAGUCAACAAUCCAGUUUCCCUGACCGGGAUUCGAUACUUCACAGAGCGCGAAGCCGAAAUCCUCUACAAGAGAAUCAUGAUUGACGACCCCUCAAAGGCUCAUGCCAAACGCUCAGUCAGCUGGCCUGAGUUGCGAUCAGCUUUGACUAACUGGAGACUCAUUCCACACGUCAUUUUCACAAUUUGUGGUCUUGCACCGUCGUCUACCUUGAGUUCCUAUGCUCCGUCGCUCGUUACGUCCAUGGGGUUCGAGAGACUACAGUCAAAUGCCAUGGUAUCCAUCGGCUCCUGGCUGCUGCUCCCCAUCAACUUGCUUUGGGGGUUUACUGCCGACAAAACGGGAGUUCGUGGCCCAUGGGUGUUCCUGGGACUGUUCAUCUUCUGGGGCUUCAACCUUGGCAACAUGUUGCUGAUUGAUGCUGACCGUAACAAACGUUUCGCCAUGUUGACCCUAUCAACCGCUUUCUCGUUCCCUUGGCACCCGGUCAACGGCGCUUGGGUGUCAGCCAAUGCCAAGUCGGCGGGUGAACGUUCCAUCACGAUGGCGAUCCUCAUUAUGGCGGCCAACUGUUCGGGGAUUGUCGGUAAGCAACUGUUUAGGGAAGAAGAUGCCCCGAAGUAUCGCAAAGGUUGGACCAUCAUCACAGGCCUCACGACUGCUGCAGUGGCCUGUAGCAUCUGGGCCAAUGUUCAGUACUACAUCCUCAACAAGCGAAGGCUGAGUCGGACGGGCCUGUCGUAUCAAUACUGACAGGUAUGCUU